GUGCAAAAAAAAAAAAAAUAAAUAAAAGAUUUUUUCCUGAUAAAAAGUGCAAUUUUCUCAUAAUCAACGUGAAAUUUUAUUAUAAUUUUACAUGGUAUUACAAAGAAAAACCUGUUAAAUAUGUAAAGAUUAUAAAAACAUUAAAAAUUUGUGUAAAAUAUUUGUUAAAUAACAAAAAAUAUAUAUUACAACAAUUGUUAUAAAGCAGAGGGGCGGAUUAAAGCCGCAUUAAAAAACUAUCAAUUAAUUGAUAAAUUUUCGUAAUUACAAAUAGUUUUUUUUGUAAAAAAAUAUUGAAAAAUAAUGAAUGAAUUAAAGGCUCCAUCCUUAAAUUCCCUAUUGGGUUCGGAUCGCGGUUCCACGGAUAGUUUGUUGGCAGAAUCACUACUCGAUAUGGAAGAGUUGGAUGAUGUGGAAUACUCUAUACCACCCACUGGCGCUUUACCUUCCUUGGAAACUGUUUUAAGUGAAUUUGAAGCGGAUUCUGAUAUAGCCUCAGAGUUGGGCAUACCUCCCCCCACUCCCACACCUUCUAUAGCCGAUGAAAGCAGUGUGCGUAUGUCGGGUUCAGGCGGUGGAGGCAGUAUUAUGCGUUAUACCAUGCUGCAAGGCAUUUCUACUCAAGUUUCUUCGGCCGCGGAUCGUAUUAAUGCCGGCAUGGCUUCUUCUUGUUGUGUGUGUAGUCAUUACUAUGCCGUAGGUACUUCUCAUGGCCAUAUACUCAAUUUCGAUAUCACACAAACCUUAAGAUGGGCUCACCAAGAUAAAAAUGGUCAAGGAGCUGUUUCCUCUUUGUCCUACAAUCCAGAGUGUAAUCGUCUUUUGGCCGGUUUUGCUCGUGGUCUAGUGAUAAUGCUUGAUACUCAAUCGGGUGAUGUUAUGCGUCAAUUAUUCGAUGUGGUUACUCCCAAUACAGGAGUACUACAUGUCAAAUGGACUUCGCGAGCUGCCAUGGCUUUAGCAGCCGAUUCUGGCGGUUCGGUAUGGUCUUUGAGUUUUACCCGUAAGCUAGGAGUGCGAGGCUGCUCUACACGUUGUCUCUUUUCCGGUGCUCGUGGUGAGGUAUGUGCUGUGGAACCUUUACUAAGUCAGACCAAUGAACAUCAUGAUUUAGAUCAAUACUGUAUAGUGGCUUUGGCCACUUUAUCAAAAUAUUUCAUAGUGACCAUAAGACCGAGAUUAAAGGUUAUUAAAUAUCAUUUGCUGCAAGGACCACCAGAUUGUUUGCCUGUUCUGGCCUGGCAAAUGGUUUUAAUACAAGCUGCCGACACCUCCAGAUCUGUAGAUCCUGUACUCGUAGUGGGUCGUGGCAAUCAACUAUUUUUCCAUCAAUUGUUCAUCUCUCAUGGACGUAUAACUUUACUGCUUUUGCGUCAUAUAACCAUGCAAACAAAUCUACUGUCCGCCCACUGGCUGGGACCCAAAUGUGUGGGUUGUAUAGAUACAUCGGAAAUUUUACAUUUAUUAGAUGUACGUACCAGCAAGGAAUUGGAAUGUAUAGAUUUGGCCAAUGCUGGUAUGGUUUAUGGUUCGGCACAAUUUAAGGGUUUGGCUACGGGUGGUAAUGUUUCGCCCGCUUUAGCUUUGGCUGGUACACAUGCCUGCUAUAAUUCUUUAGCUUGUCGUGGGGUACAGCUGUAUGUUUUGGGAGCAAAAUCAAUGCAUUCGAUUGGUGUAAGAACAUGGAUGGAAAGGAUAACAUAUUUGGUUAAAAAUCAACGUUGGCAGGAAGCCUGUGAUUUAGCCUUAGAUGGCUAUAAAGCAGCAGGCGAGCGUCCCAAAAGGAAACAACAAGCCAAGGAGCGUAUUAUUAUGUUAUUUAAGGAGUAUAUAGCGGCUUCUGCUAGAGCCCCCGAUUACUGCUUAGGAGCCAUUAUCAAAUGUCUCAUAACCGUAGGAGAGUUAGAAUUGCUAUGGACCCAACUAUGGGAACGUUUACAGAACAAAGAACUAUUCCUACACCAUAUUACCGCACAUAUAGAAAAUGACGAUAUUCAUCGUGUUAAUCCUAUUAUUUCUCAAGCUCUAGUAGAAUAUUGGCUUAAGAUAUCACCCUCACAAUUAGAAGAAAUUAUAUUGAAAAUGGACUGGACCUGUUUGGAUCUGAAUCAAGUUCUUAAGGCGGCCAAAAAAUAUAAACUCUAUAAAGCACAAAUAUUCCUAAAUGCUAAUGCUUUGCAUGACUACACUGUUUCUUUAACCGAACUUAUACCUUUGCUGGAUUACGAACAUCCCGAUUUGGGUAAUUGUCUAUUGGUUUAUAUUUCUAGUUGUUUGGCCGGACGUGGUUAUCCUCAGGGUGAAAUACCCGAGGAACUAAGACAAAAUGUUAAACAUGAUGUUUUACGUUGUUUGACAUCGUUGCAUUCCAAUACUAGUGAACCGAAUGAAUUGCCCUAUCCCUAUUUGAGGGCCCUAUUGAAAUUUGAUAUACGCGAGACUUUGAAUGUGAUAUCGUUGGCUUUUCAGGAGAAGGAAUUCAAUUGUGAGCUAGGCUUUCAGCAUCGCAAGAGAAUUAUAAAUAUAUUGUUGGAAAUUAUGACGCCGGAGAAUAAUACGUGGUCCGAAAUUGGUUGUCUACUCAAUUUCAUUGCCCAACAGAUUUCACAAUCCUGCUUGCCUGUCGAUACACAACUCCUGGAAAAAGUCCUCAACUAUUUAUCUAAAGAGUCGAUAGAAAAUGAAAGUGCUCGCCUACAUUCCGAACGUGAGAAUGCUUGGCAUGAGUUGCUGGUCAAUAAUUGUCUCGAUGCCAUAACUAACGACGAAGAACAAUUGGAAUUGGCCAAAAAGGCUCAUUGUCAUUAUGUGGAAGAAUAUUUAUUGGAAAAACUACAACGUUAUGACAACAUACUCGAGUGUUAUCUCAAUAAUCCGUUGAGACAUGAAACCAUGUUUGUAUAUAUGGAACGACACAUUAAGAAUGAAGAGAGAAAAAUCUAUGAACAACUACGUAAACAUAUCAAACGUUUGCUGACAAUAGAUGCCCAAGAAACGACACGUAUAGUGGAUUUAUAUUUUAAUAAGAAAAUCAAAGAAUUGCUAGAAUUAGUGGCAGAUGAUGAACAAAUUUUGUUUACAUUUCUUAAACAUCUACAGCAAAGAAAUGAAAACUUGGCCCAAGAACAAAAACUAAAACUUUUGGAGCUGUUGUGUAAAUUUGAACCUUUAGAGGUGGAAGAGUUUUUAAAGAAAACUGAAGGUUAUCAUUCCCAGGCCGCUCUUAAAUUGGUGCAACAAUAUCAACUCUUAGAGGCAGCCAUAUUUUUGGCAGAGAAAUUAUUUGAUUAUAAAUUAGCUUUUAGCAUUUCUAUGGAUAUUUUAAAAAGUACCAAAACAGAGAAUAUGGCCGAAUAUGCACAAAAAGUCUCAGCUUUAUGUGCUCGCUCCUCUAUGUGUUCCAAAUCUUGCCUAACAGCCAAAGAACGUGAAACAUUGUGGAUGGAUUUACUUAAGUUUAUUUUGCCCUUAGAAGAGCUUAAGUCCAUAACUAAAACUAUGCUGCAUGAAGCCUCACAACAUGUUGAUCUGCCCAAUUUAGUGCAGCUCAUCAUGAAUACCCAUAAUGUAUCGGGAAGUUUUGGUGAUAUUAAGGAAUUACUUUUGAGUAUGUUAAAUCAAUCAAAACAAGAAACUCAUGCCAUGGAAAUAAGUCUAAAAAUAAUGGAAAAAGAAUUGGCACAAGAAUUCCAUAAAUAUCAUAAAAAAGCUACACGUGGCCUCUGGAUAACCAUGAUGCGUUGUGUCGUUUGCCAGCAACGUUUGUAUAAUCAAUCGGCCAUAUUGAUUUUAGGCUCCUGUGGUCAUGCCAUGCAUGAACAAUGUUCCCAAGAGUUUUUAACAACAAACCAAAACGAAAAUCCCAACAAUGUUUUGACUAAGAACAACAGUGAACAAUCAUCAAUGCCAGAGAAGUGUUUAGAAUGUCCUUACUGCCUUAAUCAAAUCGAUAUUAGGAUAUUUGAUAAGCCGUUACAAUUAGCCAAACCUAGUCAUAAUGUUAUUAACUACAAUAGCAAUACUAAUGGAAAUUUUAAAGCCAGUAGCCCAGAAUUGGGAGUUUUACAAUUAAAAUCACCACCUAGAAAAUUUUGAAACGUUAGCACUGCUUUUGGGUGACUGGACAUGAAAAGUCAUAAGCCAUUUUUGUAUAAGUAAAUAUAAACAAAUUUAGAGAAUUGCACUUGUUAACAACUCUACGCUCGCGCUCUUUCUCUCUUGCUGUCUUUCACUCAUUUACUAAGAUCUGGUUCACACUAGGAAACUUUUGUUGAGAAACUUUUGAUUUUAUGUGUGAGAUAAAGAGAUGGUUGAUAUAUCUUUCUCUUUCUCUCACACACAAAAAUCAAAAGUUUCCCAAAGAAGAUUCCUAGUGUGAAUCAGGUCUAACUUGUCUUGUACUCUUUUUUUUUAGUUUUUAAGCUAAUUGUAUUUUUUUUAUUAUUAAUUAUUUAUAUAAAAUAAUUUAAUGUUUAUUUAACCAGUAUUCUUAUUAAGACUUUCUUUCUAUUGUUAUACCAUUAAUAUGAUGGCUUUUUUUCCAAUAUUAUCAGGGUAUAAUUAUCAAUACAAAAGCUACUAAUUUGAUCAAUUUAUAUUAAUUAACACUAUUCUACUACUAUUAAUUAUUUGUAUUUUGUUAAAUUUAUUAAAUUAUUUACAAAUUGAGUUAUAUAUUCAUAUUAUAUACAUACAUAUAUAUUUUAUGUAACU